UGACAGUAACGUAACCACACAAAAUAGUGCAUAAACUUCAUAAGUACAGGUGUCAAGUGUACUAAUUUUUGAAAAGAAUGUUAACAAAAAUUAUAAAAAUGUGUGGUUCAAGUGUAAUAAGAGCGAGUGGAUUCUCGUGCUUACGUAUACGAACCGAAAAGAUGGCGACAAACGAAAAUCAGUCUAUCCAUACGGAAAAUCAUCCCUCUGUUAGCUCAGUCGUGAAGCAAUUAGCUAAAACGAUGGGUAUUGAGAGAGGAUAUCGACGACUUCCUAAAACUAGGGAUCAUUUGCAAAAAUUAAUCCCUACGAAAAGGGAACAAUUACCACCAAGAACGAUGCGUGAUAGUUACACAGUUGCGGCUAUUCCCUUAGCUACGAAUGACGAUUUACAAGAACUUAUGGUUAGCAUAACUGGUUUUGUGCGCCUCAAUAAAUUAUUAGAAGACAUGGAUAUUUUUGCUGUGGCGGUGGCUCAAAAUUACAUUAAAAAUCCUUUGGUUGGCCCAAAGGAUCAUUCCCCUUACACAAUAGUUACAGCUUUAGUCAACAAAAUUGAUUUUAGUGAUUAUCAUCCUAAGGUAAACAGUGAUAUAAGAAUUUCGGGACAUGUAACGUGGGUAGGAACUAGCUCCAUAGAAGUUUUGGUUUGGUUAGAUCAAAAGGAGGGUGGCGCGUACAAAAGAAUAACGAAAGCGUUGUUUCUCCUGGUAGUAAGAGAUGCGAUAAAUAGUAAAGCGGCGUUAAUAAAUCCCCUAAAAACAACAACGCCGCAAGAAGAAGAACUCGCAAAAGCAGGAGAAAUAAGAAAAAAGUUACGAAUUAAAUUAAAAAUGCAAGAUUUAAAAAGAAGCGUCCCUUCCGCGGAAGAACAAAAACUAAUCCACGAUAAAUUCCAAAAAACUAUCGUAGAAGCCGAAAUCAGUUUGAAUCAAAUAAAACUUCCCCCAGGAUCUAUUUGGAUGGAGGAAUGCGAAUUUUCAAACAUCAUUCUAAUUCACCCCGAAAACAGAAAUUUACACAACACCGUUUUCGGUGGAUUUUUAAUGAGAAAAGCAGCGGAUUUAAGUUACAGUUUGGUGAGGAUAUUUGGGAGGCGACGGCCACUAUUACGAUGCAUAGACGACAUUAAUUUUUCAAAACCCGUCUUGAUGAACAUGAUCCUUAUAAUGAGCGCGUAUAUUGUUUACACUGAAGGCGUUUACGUUCAAGUUAUCGUUUACGCCCAAACUUACGAUAUACUCACCAACACAAAAACGACCACAAACAGUUUUCAUUUUACUUACGAAGUCGACGAAUUGGUUAAAGAAGUAUUCCCGAAAACGUACGACGAAACUAUGAUGUAUAUUGAUGGUGUAAGACAUUUCCGCCAAUUUCUUCAAUCGAACCAAGGUGAUCAUCCCUUCGAUUUUGAACCUAUUAAUUUUGGAAUCGAUGAACAAGCCAAGAUUAAUACUAAUCCGCCGCAAUCGAAACUAUGAAAUGUGAAUGGGUAAAAAAGAGGAUGUGUGUAAUUUUAUUUAUUUUAUAUGUUAUUGAUUGUUGCUAAUAAAAUAUACUUAAUAACUUGG